UCUCUCCUAUCUCCAUCAAUGUCUUCAGUAAGACUCUUGCCACCUCAGACACUGCGUACAACCCCAACAAUAUCUUCCAUGAACGCAUUCCCAACUUUAACACCUUUAGCUCUAAGUUCUCCGUCCCUGGACACACCUGUUCUUCCACAAUAUUCUACUCCAGUGGAAGUUGCUUUAAAUCUUACUGAUGUUUCCUCAACAGUGGGUGGUGCAGCACUAACAAGCAAUGUUAAUUCUUCACUGGAGAAAUCUCGCUCAACAGAUCCAGGAAAAGCAGCUACUUUCACACAGGAGCAACUUCCCCUGUUAACAAGGAAUUCCACUCUGCCAUCACUGAGGACAUAUCUGCACUACUUGAGUAAAGAUACGGCAAAGUAUUCUUCAGAGCCAGCUUGGAGUUCUAAUUGUACCACAAGCCAGCCAUUUCAUUCGUCAGCUGCAACCAUUGGAACCAGUAAACGGGGGGGAACAACACCAAAGGAGUCCUCUAUGUAUUUUGCUCUGGAAAAGCAUGAUAUUCCUGUCGUGGUGGGCGUCACAAUUUCCCUUACAAUGAUUUUUAUUACAAUGUGCGUCUAUUCUGUGAGGCAGAAGAAAAACGAGAGCAAGGAGACACAACGACACUUGCUGCGUAACUCCCGAAUGUCACGCCAGAACAGAGAUCGCUUUGAGAUGCAAACACACGAAAACAGAGCAUUUGAGGAGGACAACCCCAGUCAUGGUGUUGAGCAAACUACUCAUGAGAGGCCAAGUGAUAUAGCAUCCUCGCCAAUGCAGUCAUCAGUCAAAGCCAUAACAGUGACAGCGGAGUUUGCUCUGGUCAGCCAAAGCGAGAAUUUCUUCUCCAUCAGUAAAAACAACCACCUCCAAGCUUCAAACAAGGAUUCUUCGAAAGGAAAUCAACAGAAGGAGGCCAAAUUCACCAUUCCCAGCAGGAGUAGACUAUCUCUUUCACAUCAUGAAGACAUAAUAAAGGAGCCAAAUACUUGGAAGCAAAGUGCUAUAUUCCAAGAAAAGCUAUUGACCUCUCUGCUGAUGGUAGAACUGAACAGGAAUCCUUUCACAGAAGAACAUCAGAAAAGAGAGCAGCUAACUCGAUCGAACUCUAUCCCCUGCUGUGCCAAAAAGGUUUCAUGGAGGAAGGACCAAGCUCUUUUCAAAGCUAGUUCCCAUUCUGACAAAGUACAAGGAACCUCAUAUUUUAGCCUACAGCCUAUUGGAAAACAGCCUGUGGAUCCUGGAAUGGGGCAGUUUCACACCGAGCCAACUUCAAGUGACUUGUCAGGAAACCUUUCUGGUGCUGCAAGAAUGAGCACAGGGAUCGAAUCUGUUACGACAGAUGUUCAUGUGUACACCCAACUCCCAGCGGCAUCAUCCCUUCCAACCCUAGUUCCCAGCACUGCAUCCGUGCAGCUUAUAUCAGUUCCACAUAAACAGCUCGACGGACUGGAUUGUGAAUGAUUGACUGGAACCAGAUGACAAACCUCAAAGCAAAGCAUGGUUGGCUGGACCGUCUCAACACUGUCACUGUGGUAGAUGCAUAUUGUGGAGGUUGGAUUGUCUUCGAUCGCCUUGAAUCAGAGGAUGCAUGAAUCUGUCGAGAAACUGGAUCCACAUCAGGAAGCUAAUAAGGCGAAGGGUGCGUACCUGGUUUAAGGUCGUUGAACAAAAAAUGGCAUUCUUUUCAACAACGACAAUAUUUUUAUUCUACAAUCCUUCCACAAUAAGAAAAUUUUCAACAAUAGCCACAUAAAUAUGUCCCAUCAUAUAAAACAUCAACAGUGUACAAGUGUUCCAACAAACCCAAUGAUAUCCUCAUGUGUCUCUUGAUUAUAAAUUUACCAAAGCACGUACA